AUGGCAUUAUGGUUUGCCUCAUCAUUUGGCCUUGAGUUAGAUACUCUGAAAGUUAAAGAGCAUGAAACUGGACAGGUUCAUAUUGUGAAUUUCCAACAAGAAAAUUCCAUUCCGGAACCAACAUCUUCCAAUGAUGAACCUUGUAGGGCCUCAACUUUCAGCACUUUGCCAGAAGGAGAAAAGAACAGAAUUGAGCAAAUCCUGUUUCUUCUUGACAAGUUCUGUGUAGGAGAUAACUUUUACCACAAACAAUCAAUGAUGGUUGAUGGCCUACCAAGGUCAUAUUUGGUAAAGCAAUGCCACCAAGAUUUAAACAACAUGUGUGACCUAGAAGGAUUGAAAGGCAAGUUCCCUGGAGCAAAAGUCAGUUCAGUGGAAAAUCUAUUAGCAGAUCAUAUUGCAGACUAUAUAAACAAAAAUAUGGGUUUUUGUACAGAGACUGGUUCUAUUCGAAUUAAAAUCAGUGGUGAUGGGGCAAAAAUGACAAAUAAUUCUAAUCAUUUGCCAUUUUGCAAACUGGUGAAAGUGUUAUGUCAGCUAAGGGAAACAGAACAAUUGGAAUUGUAA